GAUGAACUGUCAAGAGCGCUCUCACCUUCUCACAGUUGUUGUCAUUCGCACGUCGCCAUGAUUUCUGUCGCUGGCGCUACUCUGCUCGCCGCGACGGCUGUGGCUGCAGCCUUGCCGAAGGGCAUCCCUUUACACCUCGACCACGGCUUUUGGUACACUAAAUUCUCAGUCGGCCAUCAGGACUUCAACCUUACCGUCGACACCGGAAGCUUCGCUGUCCUGAUUUCACAAGGACUAUACAAACCGACACCCGUGUCCAACUCGACAAAUCAAGGCGAGUUCCUCCAGUUCAACGGCGCCAGCGCGGAUGGCACCGCGCCCGCGUCCGAGGUUUUCACUUUUGUCCACGAUGAUGUCAAAUUCGAUGGCAUCGGUGUGCAGGGUUUCCUUGUGGGAAACAUCACCAACGGUGACCCGCUUCCAGCCGACGGGAUUAUUGGCUUCAGUCCGCCUGCGACGGACAUCACUGAUCCUGACGAUCCGACCUUCCUCGCAGGACAAUCGCUGGUGCAGGCCAUCUGCGAUCAGGAGAAGAUUUCCCCGUGCGAGUUCGGCCUCGCCCUUAAGACUGAUGGGACGGGUACGCUUUCCUUUGGACCUCUUGACAAGUCAAAGGUCAAAGGGAAGCUCACGACGCUUCCCACCUUUUCUCAUGAUGCGUGGCAAGUUAAUAACAGCUUUGAAGCGGACUCUCCCAUUCUCGUCCUGAACGGGAAGUCGUUCGGAGACAUUGUAGCGACAUUCGACAACGGGACCCCCAACAUCAUCGGCCCACUCGAGACGGUGCGCGCCGCGCUGCAGGCAGCGGGGUACGACCUCCAGGAGGUGACGUCCGAUGACAUCACCACCGUCCUCGGGACGUACGAUUGCUCACGCCCUCCCGCUCGCUUCGGGUUCAGCUUCCCUCCAAGUACCGAAGUGCAUUACGUGGAUGCGAAUGCCAAUGUGCUGAACCGGACGGCAGAUGGAAAGGUGUGCACUGCGAACGUGCUGGGGACGUCGACGCUGGACGUGCCGCAGUGGCAGAUCGGGCAGACGUGGUUCCAGGGACGGUGGGUGCAGCAUAAUCUGGAUAAGAGCACUAUCGCAUUUGCGGACUUGAGGUCUGUGAGGUAAAGACAUACCGAAAGUCAUUGCGACGCCCAUAACCCCGACUCGUAGUAAAUCGGACUAUGUCCCCUCAAACUUGCCCAGUACUUUACAUAUUUAGGUCCGCGGUGCUAGCCUACUAGUGUUUGAGAUAAUAUAUUGUUAGGGGAUGCUGUCUGUUGAUCGCGACAACAUCAAGACUCCCCCAGACCUCGAUCUGCACAAGCUCGAGUGUCA